AUGGAUCAUCUGAGAACUACAGCUAUAAUUGUCGGCGGUGGCCCAGUUGGCCUUACUGCAGCAUUGGCUCUCACACGGGCAAGCAUUGACUUCAUCCUCCUGGAGCGACGAAAGGAAGUUGUCGUUGAAGAGGGGUCUGACAUGACCAUCCUGCCAAUGACCAUGCGCGCUAUUGAUGAGAUGAAUCUUUCGGAGCCAUUAUCGAAGAUUUGGAACCCAGUCUCAGGAAUUUCACGAAUUGAUCAUAACGGUCGAGGCAUUGGUGAAUUCCGGGUAUUUCAAUACCUACGAGAAAGCACUGGACAUUAUCCUUAUGUUCUGAGCCGGAAAAACCUGCUCAACACGCUAUAUCAAGCCUUGCCGAAGGAUGCCCAGAGUCGGAUUUUCACCAGCAAAACCAUCACUGGCAUUCAUAACUCGCCGGACAGGGUCACAGUCUCUUGCACUGAUGGCACAAUGUACUCCGGGAAAUUUGUCAUCGGAGCCGAUGGUGCUUACAGCGCGGUCCGGACACAUAUGCGAAGCUUAGCACUCGACGCGGGAGUUCUCAAUGUCAAUGAAGUCAACCCGUUCACCACAACCUACCAAGCCCUGUGGAUCCGCUUUCCGACCGAAAGACUGCCAAGUUGCAAGCCAGGCUCAGCGACCGAGACUCACGGGUCCGGGAUCGCGACUCAGCUCUUCGUGGGUGAAAAGACAGCAACAGCCGGUAUUUACAGAAAACUGCCCAGACCUACGCGCACAUCGACGCGCUACACCGAGAAGGAUGAAGCAGCCCUCGUCAAGGACUAUGGGCACUUGCCGCUUCUGCAGAGGACUGGAAGCGAUACUCCCGUCUGUCUGAAAGACGCCUACGAAGCGCGCCUGGGGUCCGGAUUAGUUGACCUAGAAGAAGGUGUUCUCCAACACUGGUCCUGGAAUGGCCGGAUUGUUCUCGUCGGAGACGCAGCCCACAAAUUCACGCCCAGCACGGGAUCUGGUGUCAACUUUGGGAUGAUAGACACUGUCGUCUUGGUCAAUCAUCUCCACACUCUCUCGAAAGCCCAUCGCGAAGGAGAAAGCGCAUGGGACACUAGAUCGCUCUCUCAAGCUUUCGAAAUGUACCAGCAGGAACGUUAUGAGGAUGUGAAAGCCGGCUGUCAGCAGUCAAGUGGCGCCACAGCCACGGCUACAUGGUCAAACGUGGGCUUGAUGCUUCUUGAUCAAUAUUUACUGCCGACUCGCGUCAUGCAAUGGCUUCUUGGAAUGCGGAUUGCGAUGCAGACUAGAAGCAAGGAGGCUGUGGGUUUUAGAUUUUAA